AUGAAAGCAUUCCUUAUUGUUUUGUUGACUGUGUUUGUGAUCGACACAUCCAGUGGGGAUAGUCGUUUUCGUAUCUUUGAUUAUAGCAGUCGCGUGCGUUCGUGGGAGGAAGCACGUGCUGCAUGCCGGAGACUCGGUCGAGGCUGGGACUUGGUGAAAAUUAAUAACAGAAGGGAGGAUAAUAUUGUCAAAACAUUUCUGAGGGAGGAGUGUAGUAAUUACGGUGAUGGUUGGUUUAUUGGCGGCAAAUCUACAAACGGCAGAUGGAGAUGGGCAGAUAAUUCUUUGAUGACGUAUACCAACUUUCCUCGAUCCAAUUCUGCUUUUCUUACCCGGGGCCCCCCACAGUCGACCGUCAUUAACUAUGCUGUUAUUUUCAAGAAUGAUUUUCAGUGGGGAUACGUGGCUCCCCGUCCGUCACCGAGGAUGGGGUACAUUUGUGAAAAACAAUGUCGUUUGGUUUGGGGACCUGUCUAGGACCUGCUACAUCCAGUUUC